AUGAGUGCUGCUGAGAGUCAGUCAACACAGGAGGACAAACUGAAGGCCCUGCAGUGCCACUUCACCUGGGACAUCAACCCCAACCAGUCUAAACUGUUAAGUCUUGAGGAGCAGCUGAAGGACAUCGGCACCGAUGAUGGAAACAGCUGGCUGGGUCACAUUUACAACCUGCAGGGAUUCAUUCACUACCAACUGGAAUUGAAAAAAGACAAAAAGAAAAUUGAAAAAGCCCUGUGUUUCCUCGAAAAGGCCACAGAGGCCUUCCGCCGGUCAAGAAAGGUCUCAGAUGAAGGUCCCUGGUUGGUGGUGAACUACGGGAACCUGGCUUGGCUGUACUAUCACCUGAAAGAUCAAACACAGAGUGAGACUUACCUGUCAAAGGUCGACACCCUGCUGAAAGAAUACCUAUCUCCAUCUCAGGAUGAGCUCCAUCCAGAGAUCUACGCUGAAAAAGCCUGGACCCUGAUGAAGUUCGGCAAAGACAAAAAGGUGCUGGUUGCAGAUUACUUCCAGAGAGCCAUCAGGAUGCAGCCGGACAUGGUGGAGUGGAACACCAGCUAUGUGAUAGCGUUACUUAAUGCUUUAAAGCACUGUGACAAACCACUGGAGGAAGAGAUCCUGGAGAAAAUGAGAAUGGCCAAAGAACAGGAUCCAGAGAAUUUGUACCUUGCUGCUCUCGACCUUGAGCAGCGUGCUAGGAAAGGAGAAAGAAUUGAAGAUGAAGCACGUGAGUUAGCCAGAAAGGCUUUGGAGAAUCCUGUCAGCAGCUACAGUGGUAUGCAAGUACUGAUAAGGGUUUACAAAAAUUAUGUAUCUGUUGAUGAAGCUAUUGAUUUGGCAGAGGAGGCUCUGGAGAAACAUCCAGAUGAACGUUUCCUGAAGAGGUGUGCUGCUCUCUGCUACAAAUGGAAGAUUUUCUCCAGAGACAGUCCUGCAAAGCAAAGCAUGAUAGACAAAGCAAUCGGUCUCCAUGAAGAAGUGAUUUCUCUUUACCCUCAUGGGUCACUUGUGAAGAAAAUAGAUCUCGCAAAUGUAUACGCAAAGUCAAAUCAGGGCCUUGCUAAAGCUGAGCAGAUUUACAAGGAGCUGCUAGAAAUGGAUCUGGAACCUGCAGACAAACAGCUGCUUUACAACGGCUAUGCAAAAUAUUUAAACUAUGAUCUUCGAGAUUACAACAAAUCAAUCGAAUAUCACAUGAAGGCGGCAGCGAUACCGGAACAAUCCUUCUUUCGGGAGAACAGCAUCAAAAUUCUGAAGAAGAUUAAAGAAAAAAACAGGAGCCGAAAGUGUAGAGAUAUAGAGAGGUUCCUGGCCAAGCUGGACCUCUAG